AAACCCUGGGCCACCAAAGCAGAAUGUGGGGACUUAACCACUGCACCACCCAGCCGGCCCCUCAUGUAGUUCUUUAAGCUUUGUCCCAACCAUUUAAAAACGUGCAAAGUAUUUUUAGCUCACAAGUUUUUUAAUUAAGGAGUGGGCUGGAUUUGGCCCUUGGGCUGUAGCUUGCUAACCGUGGUCCACCUUGGGUUGUGAGGUUGAUGCAGCUUGGCAUGCAUGAGGUCCUCACCGCCUGUCUGCCUGAUGGUGCUUGUCACUGGUGCCUUUCUUUCUUGUUUGUCCUGGUUUUCCACGGGUGUUUGGUGGCUCCUGGUUGUGUUCUUCAUGCCAGGUUUUCCCUUUGUUUACGGGUGUUGCUCUUUGCAUACUCCAUUUCUUACGGGGGAGGAGUGGGGUGACGGAGAGCCGUCAGCAUUUUUCUGGGCAGAGGCACUGGGCUUCCCGAGUCUAACAGUCCAGUAGAGGAAUCGGUGCUGCCCGGCAUAGUGCAGGUGGGGGAUGAAGCUGACCUGCUCGGCGGCUUCACGUUUAGGCCUCUGACUAAUCCUGGUGAUGGUCCUGGGCUCUCCUUGGCCCCUCCCAUCUCCCUGGAAGAGCGAGGUGCCAGCUUUCACAGAUGUCGUCUCCUCUGUGCUCUUAGGAUGUGAUUCCUUUGUCAAUGAGUCAAAUCUCACUUCCCUCCCUUCUUUCAGGGAUUCCUUAUGGUUAACACUCCAUCUGUUUUUUGUGUGGUUGUGACAGUUUCCUUAUAUUUAAGAUACUGUGUUUUUCACUUACAUGCUUUCUUUUUCUUUUUUUUUAUAGUUUCUAUUUCUCCUCUCAGAUUUCCUAUUUGUUCAUUGUGAACAUGUUUUCCUGUAUAUCUUUGAGCAUAGUUAGAGUAGCUGCUUUAAAACCUGUGCUGUUGCCCACAAUUUAGUCUUGGGAGUCAGUCUCUGUCAGUUGUCUUUCUUCUUAAGUAUGGGUCACAUAGUUCUGUUUCUUCACAUGUCUAGUAAUUUUGGGUUUCCUGGAAAUUGUGACUGAUACAGAUUGUAGAGGCUGUGGAUUCUGUUAUGAUUCUCUGGGGACUGUUGGUUGUUAAGCAGGUUGUAAACUGUGUCUCUGGCAUGGGCAGCCGCUGACAGCUCUGUUCAUGUUGUUUGGGUGGGCUGCUUGGAGGUGGGCUGCACAUGUGUUCAGGGCUCGUCCAGAGGUUUUUGUAGAGUUUAGAUGUGGCAUUUGGGGCUCUCUGGCUUUUUUCUUUCCUCCCUUUCCAGCCUUUGUGGUCUCCACUUUCAGGGUUACGGUGUGGGUGGUAUGGCCUGCUGUUCUUAGGUUAGUAAAUCCUAGCUUCAGCAAGGUGGCGGGGCCCUGACAGACAGAAGGGAGCUCUCCCGAUAAGGAUACUAAGAAGGGAGAGUUCCAGUGAGUAUAGAAGUGUGUGUUUGUAAUAGGUGACUGGGAGCCAUGCUGAUUAAAAUUUAAAUAUUGGAAAGAAAUGUCAUUCUGUCCCUGGUCAUUCCCAUGGUGCUCCCUGGCUCAAGCCUUUGAUCCAUCCCCCACGGGUCCUGAGAGCUGCAGCUCAGGGUACCCAAACCUUGGCCCAGAUGUUUUGAUGCACAGAGCACAUAUGCACACUGACAUAAACAUGCAUGCCGAAAUGUGACCUUAUUUGGUACCCUGAAGAACAUAAGCCAAUAAGUAUAUGAAUAGAUGCCUAUCACCACUAAUAACCAAGGAAGUGAAAUUAAAGCAACGUUGAACUAUCUUUGCCUAUCAGAUUAGCAAAGAUUAAAAAGACUGAUAAUCUGUACUGUUGGUGAGUGUCACAGACAUUCUCGUACUUCUGGUGGGAGUGGAAGUUGGUAUGUUUUUGGAGGGCCACUUGGCAGGACCCAUCAAUAUUUUAAAAUGCUGAGCUUUAGACCCCACAAUUCCACCCAUAGCAGUUUUUUGUACAGAAGUACUCAUUCUGAUGAUUAAAGAUCCAUGCCCAGAAUUGUUCGCUACCUUCAUUUAAAAUAGCAUAUAUACAUGUGAAACCAAUAAAAUGUUAUAUGUCACCUAUAUCUCAAUAGAAAAAGUUAAAAUAGCAUAUAUAUAGGCAACUAUCCAAAUUUCCAUCAGCGAGAUUAUUAAACCCUGCUGGUUCCUCCUUUAGAGGCAGGAGGCAGGUUUCUAUGUGCUGAGCUAGAAGGAUGUUGAAAAUAGCCAGAGGAACAGGAGGCUGCAGAGCUCACAGCACAGUGUGAGUCCAUUAGAAACGUGCAUUUGAGCUUAGAAAUUGUCUGGAGGGGCUGGUGUCCAACUUCUCAUGGGGUACCUCUGGGUCCGAUAAGGGGACCACCGUUGUAUAUUCUGUGUUGUUUGUCUUUCUGUAACAGACCACGUCACUCGGAUGUUCUGUGCCCCCCCCCCCGCCCAGUGCUCAGAGGUGGCCUUGGCUGGUGGAAGGAGCCCCCGCGCCUCUGUCCUAAGAAAAGCCUAGAAAGGGACGGGGCCUGCUGCUCUGUGCCUGGUCAGGGUUCUUGCCUCCUGGGCUCAUUUAAUGCAUUUCAGUGGUGUCCCUUGGGAGGAAUACGGUGGACACUCAUCCGCCGAUCAAUGGAUGAAUCACCACAGCCCCUGUGUGGCACCCUUCCGUGUCAUGGGCAAGGAGAGGCGGCCCCACCUCUUAAUCCCUGGGUUCUGAUUCGUGGUGACAGUUGCCUGCCAGCCCUGCUCAGGACCGCUGCUCCGCUGCUCUCCGUGGUUUCAGCUGUGGGCGGCCGUGUCAGCCUGCCGUGUGAGGCUCACGUCACCCGUUGCUGCAGUUAUCUCCCGAAUCAGGCUGAGGGGCUCUGCUGUGAACACAGGGACGGUCGGGUCACAAGUCGCCUCCAGGUCUGGAGGGCCGGGGCCCCUCAGACUUGCCAUGGGACCUGCCAGAUGCAUUUGGGAAGGUGAGUCAGUAGCUGGGACUUCCCAACAGCUCGAGUUGGUGUGAAGCACAGGGGGCAAAGGGGUGGGCAGCCGGCUGGCCCUGGCCCGGGAAGGACCCAUGGAGGAGCCUCGCAAGUGCAGUGUUUGGGAGCAUUGCCUUGUUUUACCUUGGGCAUCUCCAGGGAUGAGAAUGUCAGACUCCUUCCAGGCCUGCAGGGGUCGUGAGUGCCUCUGGGCAGAGGAGGCCACUGAGCUGCUGGCAGGUUUCUAAUUAGGGAAGAGAGUUUGCUUCCUCGAUGACUGAGCUCGCCUGGGUGGGCAUGAGUGCGAGGGGGUGUUCUGGGGCCGCAUGGGCUCAGCUGUGACGGCCACGAGUGGAGAUGGGGUCCAGGCCAUGGGACUGGUAAAGCCCCUUCAAACCCUUUGCCUUUGGGGUUCUUUAGGGCAGAAGAGCAGCCGGGAGUCUGGGGAUCUCCCUUGGAGCUGUGGGUGGGGCAGCCAGUGAGGGUGGGAUUCCAGAAGGAGGGUCAGCUCAGCGAGGGCAGAGAAAGCGGGGAGAGGGUUUAUGCUCAAGUAACGCCCCCCAGACCUCCUCCCAGGUGCCCCAGGCUUUACAGCGUCUGGAGGCAAGGGCAGUGUCUGCGGGGACAGCUGGGUGCAGGGGCAGCAGUGUAAGUCCAGCACUUCUCCCGCGGGAGGGGCCUGGUGUGGGAGGCGGCACAGCAAUGAGCUUUGCUGACACAGUGGCACAGAGGCAGUGAGGGAUACCCAAGGGGCGCUGGGCAGAGGAGGCCACUUGGCAGGUGCGGGAAGAGUAGGGGUGUUGUUUGCCCCCAUUUGACCUCCAGGGCCCCCCAAAGAGAGCUCUGUUGACAUCCUUAUUGUAGCCCUGCCCACAGCCUCUACCGGCUCCCUGUUCCUGUUGUGAGCCGACUGGGCCUGGCUCGGGGUGUCUGGUCUGGCUAGGGGGACAGACCCCGGGGCUCAGAGAGGGCUUCACAAGGAAGAGGCACGUGAUGGAGAAGGAGGCCAGGCAAGAGGGUCCAGUGUGAGAGAAGGCCGGGCUCCUCCGCCCCUUCUAGCUCUCAGGUGUCCCUGUGGGUCCUGUCCACCCCACGCCUGCCUCCCGAGCCUGCUGAGCUUGCAGCCACGCCACUCUGCACUCUCAAGCCAUCUGCUCCUGGGUUAGCCUGGGUUAGGGUUGGGCUGGCCGGAUUCUGCACAGAUGCAGGUGUCCCUCCUCUGCUGGGGCAUUGGCUGUCCACCCUGGAGCCCGGGUCAGCUCUUAGCUGGGAAGUGGCUGUUAUGCCCGAGCUCCCACUGGAUCCUGGUGCUCACUCUGAUCUGUCCUCACACACCCUGGGAGUGAGCUGUUGUCCCGCUGCUCCCCUGCUCCAUCCAGUAACUGCUACUGCUGGGUAAACUUGCCUGGGCCUCCCAUGCUGCGGCUGGUGGUGCCAGGUGAUGCUCCAUCCUAGGGAAGGGUGGGGUCUUCCUGAUUGCUGAUCUUAACAGGGCUCCGUCCUCUGGGUGCAUGCAUAGGCUGCUGGCGGUGCGGGGCGGGGCUAGCGUGGUGUCUGUUGCCUGAGAGGGUGUGUGGGCUCCCUGAGGGCCUACAUGCUGUGGUCUGUGUGCAUGUCUGCUUCUUUUUGCUUCCUUAUCACCCAUCAGGUUUGCACGACCAGGCUGGCCCUGCUUCCUGCUCAGGAGCUAUCAGUACACCAUCUGGAGCUGCAAAUAGGGUGAUGGGGCAUCAGCAGCCUGCCGGCACCAGGCACUUCCUAGCACCCAGCCCCUGUCUCCAGCUAACCUCUGGCUCUCCCGGGGAUCCUGGGGCCUGGCAGGCACUCUAGCACUGAGCCUGGCUCUCCUGGGAUGCUCUCCUCCACAGGGCACCUUGGAACAGGGGUGUGACAGUUUAGGAAGUGCCGUCUGUUGCAUGGACACCCCACUGCCAUCCUCCUGCCCUUUCCUAGGGCAGAACACUGGGACAGGUCUUUAUUUAAGGAAACCAAGGUGAGAGAGGAUGUGCCGAAGUUAGCUGUGUGACCCUGGGCAAGGUGCUUCCCCUCCUUGAGACUCAGCUCCCUUGUGGGCUGGGACAGGCUUUCCACGCACAUGGCUGUUGUGGGAAUUCACGUGGAUCAUGCAUGUCACGCAGUUGGCACUGUGUGACACCAGAGGGUUCAGUAAAUCUUAUCUGUGGCUGUUGCCAAUGGUGACUGAUUCCCUUCACCCUGCGUCCCCUGCAGGUGGGGACCUGGGCCCAGAGAUGGGGGCUGGGCUGGCAGAGGACGCUGGUCCCAGAAAGGAGCUCGGAUGGUGCUGCCCAGCCGCUUUCAUGGGACACAAUGAGGGUGUGGGUGGGGACCCACUCGGUGUACUCUGCUGGGGAGCACCCCUCACAGAGAGUCAGUCUCAUAGAACAUGCCUCACGUGGAGCACCCAAUGAGGAGCACCCCUCACAGGGAGUUGACAUAACAGGAAAUGCCUCAUGGGAGCACCCAAUGAGGAGCCCCCAUCAGGGGAAUACUCACAGGAAAUCCCUCACAGGGAGCACCCAAUGGGGAGCAUCUAUCACAGGGAGUAGACUAGAGAGUGCCUCACAGGGAGAACCCAAAGAGGAGUACCCAUCAAGGGAGUACUCCUCACAGGAAAUGCCUCAUAAGGAGCAUCCAAUGGGGAGCAUCUUUCACAGGGAGGAUCUCAUGAGGAGCCUCCCAUUGUGGGUGCUCCUCACACGGAGCCCCUCAGGCCAGUCCCUUGCAGGUUGGACUUGGGAGAGCGAGGCCCUGACACGAGAGACAGGCACCUGGCUCCUGAUCUGCACCUGCAUCAGUACCUGGGUCGGCUUGGGAGUCUCUGUCCCAGGGGAAGGAGGAGGGCUAGGGGCUGGAACUUUCACCUGCCUCACCAACAACGUCCUCAGGAUUGACUGCCACUGGGCUGCCUCAGAGCUGGGCCAGGGUGCCAGCCCCUGGCUCCUCUUCACCAGCAACCACGCGCCGGGCAGCGUGCACAAGUGCGUCUUCCGGGCCAGUGUGUGCACCCUGGUGCUGCCGCCCGAGGAGGUGCUCGUGCCUUCCGACAACUUCACCAUCACUUUCCACCGUGAUAUCUCUGGGAAGGAGCAGGUCAGCCUGGUGGACCCACAGUACCUGCCCCGGAGACAUGUGAAGCUGGAUCCUCCGUCUGACUUGCAGAGUAAUGUCAGCUCUGACUCCUGCGUCCUGACCUGGAGCAUCACUCCCGCUUUGGAGCCGCUGACCUCGCUCCUCACCUAUGAGCUGGCCUUCAAGAGGCAGGAGGAGGCCUGGGAGCGGGCACGGCACAAGGAUCGCAUUGUCGGGGUGACUAGGCUCAUCCUUGAAGCUGUCGAGCUGGACCCUGGCACUACCUGUGAGGCCAGGCUUCGUGUUCAGAUGGCCACAGCAGAGGACGAUGUGGCGGAGGAGGAUCGCUAUGAGGGCCAGUGGAGUGAAUGGAGCCAGCCCGUGCGCUUCCCCUCCCCUCAGAGACGCGGCCCCCUGAUCCCACCUUUGCGGCAGCCCGACAGCACCCUUGUCGCUGUGUCCAUCUUUCUCCUGCUGACCAGCCUGACCUACCUCUUGUUCAAGCUGUCCCCCAGGGUGAAGAGAACCUUCUAUCAGAACGUGCCCUCUCCAGUGACGUUCUUCCAGCCUCUCUACAGUGUGCACAACGGGAACUUCCAGAGCUGGACAGGGGCCCACAGGGCUGGUCUGCAGCUCAGCCAGGACUACGUCGGUGCCCAGCGGGGAGCCUUGGAGCCCGGCAUUCAGGAGGACAUUGCAUUGCUCACCUACGACCCGGCACAUCCCUGGCAGUCAGUGGGCCUGGAGGAGGCGGGCAUUGGCACCGGCCUCCCUGUGGAGUGGAGAGGGCAGCUGCCUGCCUACCUGCCGCAGGAGGACUGGGUCCCUGUGGGCCCUGCCAGGCCAGCACCCCCACAGCCAGAGGGCAGCAGCAGCGAUUACUGCGCCCUGGGCUGCUAUGGGGGGUGCCACCCUUCGACAUUCCCAGGAAGCAUGCAGAGCUCUGGGCCCACCCUGGCCUUGGCCUGUGGCCAUUCCUGUGACCAGCAGAGCCUGGAUGCCCAGCAUGGAGGUGCCCAUGUGGGAGCUGGUCACGGUCAGACGCAAGACCCUGGUGAACAGCUGCAUGAGGAUCUCCAGGGCAUUUGUUCCCUCCUACCCCUGGCAGACAGCAGGCUCAGUUUGGGAGGUUCUAGAGCCCUGACUUGGCCAGCUGAAUCAUGUCCAUUUUGGGGAAAACAGACUAAAGUCUCUGGACAUGACCCUUUACUGGACUGGACCUUCUGCAGAGGGCCACCUGUGCAGUGGUCAGACGUCCAGUGUAGAUGAAGGCAGAGGCUCUGCCAGCCCCACCCCAUCCAGCACUGGGGGGAGGGGCCUCUGCCUUCUGCGUCCUGCCAUCCAGGCCCCUGCCCGACUUCCCACCCUGCUUUCUGGUUUGACCCCAGGCCCCUCUGAGAAGAGGGGUGUUGACCCCACAGCCUGUUCUGCCCUCACCCCCUUAAAGGGCCAGCCCGGGCCUAGUGGACAUGGGUUAGAGUCUGUGACAGGCCGACUGUCCUCUCUGCUCCUUCCUGAGGCUCUUCUGCUCCUGAGAUCACAGGGCAGCGGGAGGCUGUUCCAAACUGCCAGUGGCGGGGAGACGGGCCCAGAGGAGGUGUGGGGGGCUGGUCUGCUCUUCCUGGGCUUUCUGGGCUCCAGGAAUAGCAGGGUGGAGGGCCAGUGGCCACUCUAUGGAGGCCAUGCCCCCGAUCUUCUUAUCCUCUCCUCUAUGGGCCCCAGGAGGCGGAGAGCUGUGGCCAGAGCUCCUGGACAGUCAGGGCCAGAAGUGACCGCCAGCACUGGUCUGUGAAGGGCCCUGCCUCUGCUCGGCCCUGCAGUCUGCAGGCAGUGAGGACAGUGUGGGGGGUGCCUGUGCCGUCUCCCAGGGCUGCUGUGACAAAGCCCCACAAACCGGGCGGCUUAGAACCACACAGAUACAUUCCCUCAUAGACCUGGAGGCUGAGAGACUGAAGUCUGGGUCUCAGGGCCGUGGUUCAGGGCUUCCACCAGGCCUGGACAGCACAGCUUCAGUCUUCACCGGGCAUUUUCCCUGUUGUCUCUGUCGAAAGUCCCCCUUGUUAUCCCAACACAAUUGUAGUGGAUUGGGGCUGACCCGAGUGACUUCAUCUUGGCUUGACGGCCUGCAAAGACCCUAUUUCCAUAUAAGGUUGCUUUCACAGGUGCUUGAGGGUUAGGACUUGAACUUAUGAAUUUUGGGGGAACACAGUUCAGCCCAUAACAGUGUCCCUGACUCUGCCCAGGGCGCCAGGGGCCCUCUCAGUGCACGCCCAUCACUCUGACUGGGCGCCUCCGGCAGCAGACCCUGUUCCUCCCGGCUGCUGGACCUGGGCUGGUGCUGACAUCCUCUGCCUGGGGAGGGCUGGGACGAGACUGUUCCGGGGUUGGAGGUGCUGAGGUUCAGAGGGGCGGAUAAAAUGGGGGCCUAUCUCUCUCUGGGUGCUAACCUCUCUGUGGGUCUCCAGUGUCCCCUGUGGCCUGGGCAGAAAAAAGCACUUGCUGCCCCAGGGUCCCAAAGGCAAAGGUCCCUCUUGGCUCAGACAGGCACCCCUCCUUCUGUGUGCCUGUGGAGCCUCUGAGGGUUUGUGGGGAGCCUCAGCGGGGCCGGAUUCUGGUCAGAGGGGUAGGCGGGACCCAGAAUGUAUCUUUAGUAUACAGAGAGCGAGAGGGGAGUGGAUGGAAGUCAGAUGCACGCAUCCUCUGCUCUAACCAAGUAUAAAAAUACUGGCUUGAAUCCACUUCCUGGAGCCAAGCCCCGGGCAGCCCCAGCUGGUGUAUUUAUAACAGCAUCUGUGUGGCUCGUGUGGCUUCACGUGGGACCUGGGCCACCUGCAUGUAACCCUACCGUGGGGACGCCUCUGCCGUGCGGCCAGGCACAGCGUUCGCACACUUUCUCUGCGAGGCGCCAGGAGACCUGACUCUGAGUGUGAAGCGGCUCAGAGGUGUGUGAGUGUCGGUGAGUCACGCUGACACCUCCUGGAGUGGCUGUGAGUUCACCUGGCAAGGUGCCUGCACAUCAAGGGGCUCAGAAAACACUAAUUUCGCUGUUGAGAUGAGACACGCCUUGGAAGCCGUGUGCUGAGGUCCGGUUUACAGUGGAGCAAGGUCUGAAAGAUCUGGAUCCCCGAGGAGGGAGGCGCUCAUCGCCGGGCAUCUGUAAGCAGCUGGAAAGAAGCUGGCCCGGGACUGGAAUUACGAAAUGCUGGUGGCUGGAGGAGUUGCAUGGACAGCAUGGCUGGAGCACAAAUGUCUGACAUGAGGCUGGCCAGGCCCCAGGCAGCGCUGGACUGGGGAGGGCCUUGAAGGCCAGGCCAAGGGAGCAGUGAGGGAAGAGGACACGUCUAAGCAAGGGGAUGCCGCGGAAUAGUUUCUUUUUCUUUGUUUUUCAAUGAGAUAAAAAAUUCAUAUAACAUAAAAUUAACCAUUUUAAAGUGUGCAGUGACAUUUACUACAUGCAUAGUAUUGUGCAACCAUCACCUCUAUCUUGUUCCAAAAUGCUUUCAUCCACCAGGAAAUCCCUGCCCAGUAAGCACUUACUCCCCCUGCCAACCUCCCUCCCACCCCUGGCAACCGUGCAUCUACUUUCUCUCUCUGUGGAUUUACCUGUUCUGGUGAUGCUGAACAUCUUUUCACGUGCUAGUUUUGUAUAUUCUUUGGAAAAAAGCCUAUUCAAGUCCUUUGACUAUUUUUCACCUGGAUUGUUUGUUGUUCUGUUGUUGAGUUGUAAGAGUUUUUUAUAUAUUCUGGACACUAAACCCUUAUCAGAUAUAUGAUUUCCAAAU